UUUUUGUUUUCCUCAGCCAGAGCUUGCUAAGGCUGUUCUUCCUCUCUGCUUUGCCAUUUUUAUUCUCAUUGGGAAAAGACUGUAGCAGGUUGAAUUAUGUCGUCAAAGCCAUUGCCAUUUUACCAAAGGAGGCAUAAACACUUUGAUCAGUCAUAUCGCAACAUUGAGACAAGAUACUUGCUCCAAGAAUAUUCAGCAAGAAGGGCGGCUUCUAGACAAGCAUCUUAUUUUCAGUCAUCUGCUGGUACAGGAAAAACUACAUGCGUACUCUGUGCCAGGAGGGCACGUACUGCAGAUGAAGAAGAGAGACAAGAAACCAGAAAGAGAGCUCUUGAGCACAGGUCUCAUACAAGUGAGGAGAAACGAACCCGGUUUGCCACUGAGUUAUCUUAUUUACAAGAUGAGAUUCAUUCUGCCAGGCACCUUGCUAGAGAACAGCUGGAUAGACUUACUAUACAAAGAAUGCUGGAAGAAAGGAUGGCCUUGGAAAGGUAUGCUGUUGAAGAAAGUAUAAGUCGAGCUCCUGAAAUUUUGGUGCGCCUGCGGUCUCAUACAGUUUGGGAAAAGAUGUCUGUGAGUCUUUGUUUCACUGUACAAGGAUUUCCUACUCCUCUCGUACAAUGGUAUAAAAACGAGGCAUUGAUUACUCCUGCAAGUGAACCUGGAAAGUACAGAAUUGAAAGCAAAUAUGGAGUGCAUGUGCUGGAGAUAAACAGAGCCAGUUUUGAUGAUACUGCUACUUAUACUGCAGUUGCAACAAAUAUCCAUGGGCAGGCAUCGACAAAUGCUGCUGUGAUUGUGAGAAGGUUCAGAGGGGAAGAAGAGCCACUCCCUGCUGGCAUAUCACCUUUCAAUUUGCCCUUCCCGCUUGAUGUUUGCUUCACUCACAUUGAUGUUCAAUUUUUGGAGAAGUUUGGUGUCACUUUUGGGAUGGAAGGAGAAACUCUUACCCUCAAAUGUUCCAUGCUGAUAACUCCUGAGCUGACUAGGCUUCGACCUCGGGCUGAUUGGUACAGAGAUGAUGUCCUAAUAAAAGAAUCCAAGUGGACAAAUCUGUUCUUUGGAGAAGGCCAGGCAGCACUGUCUUUCACCCAUCUGAACAAGGAUGAUGAAGGUUUAUAUACCCUGCGUAUGGUUACAAAAGGAGGGGUGAAUGAACAUAGAGCAUUCCUGUUUGUCAGAGAUGCGGAUGCAUUAAUCAUGGGGGCACCAGGAGCUCCAAUGGAUGUUAAGUGCCAUGAUGCUAACAGAGAUUAUGUCAUUGUUACCUGGAAACCACCAAAUACAGUUGAGGAGAGUUCAGUCUUUGGAUAUUUUGUUGAUAGGUGUGAAGUAGGCACUGAAAACUGGGUGCAAUGCAAUGAUGCUCCAGUCAAAAUCUGCAAAUAUCCUGUAACCGGCUUGCUUGAGGGACGGUCUUACAUGUUCCGUGUGAGAGCCGUGAACAAAGCAGGUAUCAGCAGGCAUUCGAGAGUCUCUGACCCAGUUGCAGCUCUUGAUCCUGUUGACCUGGACAGGUUACAAACUAUUCAUGUGGAUGAAGGCAGACGUAUUAUAAUUUCUCAAGAUGAACUUGAAGGCGAUAUUCAGAUUCCAGGACCUCCUACCAAUGUACAUGCUUCAGAAACCAGCAAAACAUAUGUUGUACUCAGCUGGGAUCCACCUGUUCCCCGUGGCAAAGAGCCACUGAUGUAUUUCAUUGAGAAGUCCAUGGUUGGAAGUGGAAGCUGGCAGAGGGUCAAUGCUCAGGUGGCAGUGAAAUCUCCUCGCUAUGCAGUGUUUGACCUUAUAGAAGGAAAAUCGUAUGUAUUUCGAGUCUUGUCAGCAAACAAACAUGGCAUUAGUGACCCAUCUGAAAUAACACCACCUAUUCAAGCACAGGAUACCAUUGUUGUCCCAUCUGCUCCUGGUCGUGUAGUAGGCACAAGGAAUACAAAAACAUCAGUUGUCGUACAGUGGGAUAAGCCAAAACAUGAAGAAGAUUUAUUUGGCUACUACAUUGACUAUUCUGUGGUGGGAUCGAAUCAUUGGGAAUCUAGUAAUCAUAAACCUAUUAAAUAUAAUAGGUUUGUUGUUCAUGGCCUGGAUACUGGAGAGAAGUACAUCUUCCGUGUGAAAGCUGUGAAUGCCAUUGGAACCAGUGAAAAUUCUCAGGAGUCUGAACCCAUAACAGUACAAGCAGCCCUUACCUGUCCAUCAUAUCCUUAUGGUAUCACACUUCUUAAUUGUGAUGGUCACUCAAUGACUCUUGGCUGGAAACUACCAAGAUUCAGUGGAGGCUCUCCAGUUCUUGGUUAUUAUAUAGACAAACGUGAGGCUCACCACCGUAACUGGCAUGAAGUCAAUUCCUCUCCUAUUAAAAAAAGGAUUUAUACGGUAGAGGAUCUGACAGAAAAUUCCUUCUAUGAAUUCAAAAUUGCUGCUACAAACAUUGUAGGCAUAGGCCAACCUUCAGAUCCCAGUGAGCACUUUAAAUGUGAAACCUGGACAAUGCCAGAACCUGGUCCUUGCUAUGACCUGACUGUUUGUGAGGUUAGAAACACAUCAUUGGUACUUCUAUGGAAAGCUCCUGUGUACACUGGCAGCAGUUCUAUAACUGGGUAUUUUGUGGAUUAUAAGGAAGUAGAUGUGGAAGAGUGGAGCACAGCUAAUGAAAAAAUAACUUCACAUCAUUACUUGAAGAUUGGUGAUUUACACGAGGGUAAAACCUAUGUUUUCAAAGUCCGUGCAGUGAAUGAAGCUGGUAUAGGCAAGUCAUCUGAAGUUUCUGAACCAGUGUUGAUGGAGACCAGAGCAGGAACGAAGGAAAUCUUUUCUGGUGUAGAUGAAGAAGGUAAUAUUUACCUAGCUUUUGACUGCAAAGAAGCUACAGAUGCAUCUGAGUUUACAUGGUGCAAAUCCUAUGAAGAGAUUGAUGAUACUGAUAAGUUUAAUAUUGAAACAUCUGGAGACCAUUCUAAGAUGUACUUUAAAAAUCCUGAUAAAUCAGAUUUGGGAACCUAUUCCAUAGCUGUUACUGACACAGAUGGUGCCUCAUCCAGUUUUGUUAUGGAUGAAGAAGAGUUUGAACGUCUAUUAGCAUUAAGCCAUGAAAUAAAGAAUCCAACAAUUCCUCUGAAAACAGAGUUGGCUUAUGAGCUUUUUGAUAAAGGAGAGGUUCGUUUCUGGCUUCAGGCUGAGCACUUGUCACCGGAUGCAACCUUCAGAUUUGUUAUUAAUGAUCAAGAAGUUGAAAACAGUGAUAGGCACAAAAUUAGUUGUGACCGUUCAACUGGCAUUAUUGAUAUGGUGAUGGAUAGAUUUACAAUUGAAAAUGAAGGUACCUAUACUGUACAGAUCCAAGAUGGAAAAGCCAAGAACCAGUCUUCAUUAGUGCUUAUUGGAGAUGCAUUCAAGACUGUAUUGGCUGAGGCUGAGUUCCAGAGAAAGGAAUAUCUCAGGAAACAAGGUCCUCAUUUUCAUGAAUACUUGUCCUGGGAAGUUACUGAAGAAUGUGAAGUUUUACUUAUUUGUAAGGUUGCAAAUACAAAGAAGGAAACCAUUUUCAAAUGGUACAAAGAUGGUUCUGGGGUUGAUGUUGAAAAGCUGCCUGACUUACAGAAAGAAGUGUGCCACCUAACUAUUCCAAGGCUGACCAACAAGGAUCAAGGUAUAUAUAAGGCAACAUUAUCAGACGACAGAGGUCAUGAUAUGUCUACUCUUGAUGUAUCAGGAAAACUGUAUGAUGAUAUAAUUCUGGCGCUGAGCAGAGUCAGUGGUAAAUCUGCUUCUCCACUGAAGAUCCAUUGUACUCCAGAAGGAAUAAGACUCCAGUGUUCCCUGAAGUACUACAUGGAGGAAAUGAAAGUUAACUGGUAUCAAAGGGAAGCUAAGAUUUCUUCUAGUGAAAAGAUGAGGAUUGGAGGUAGUGAAGAGGUUGCCUGGAUGCAGAUAUGUGAACCUACUGAAAAGGAUAAAGGGAAAUACACCUUUGAAAUCUUCGAUGGCAAAGAAUCCCAUAAGCGCAUACUUGAUCUAUCUGGACAAGCUUUUGAUGAUGCAUAUGCAGAAUUCCAGAGACUCAAGGCAGCUGCUUUUGCCGAGAAGAAUCGUGGUAAAGUUAUAGGAGGCUUGCCUGAUGUGGUGACUAUAAUGGAAAAGAAGACUCUGAAUCUAACCUGCUCUGUGUUUGGAAAUCCUGAUCCUGAAGUGGUCUGGUUUAAGAAUGAUAAGCAACUUGAACUUAAUGACCAUUUAGUAGUUUCACUGGAGCAAGGAAAGUUUGCCAGCUUCACGAUCAAGGGAGUGUCCUCAGAGGAUUCAGGCAAAUAUAGCAUCCAUGUCAAGAAUAAGUAUGGUGGAGAAACAGUAGAUGUCACUGUAAGUGUGUAUGGACAUGGGGAAGAACUGCCUGAGAUUAAACCUUCCCAGGCCAAACCAAGACCAAUACCGCCAUCCUAGACCAGAUGCUUAGAAAGGAAUAAAAACCUCUAAAGCUGGAAAAUCCAGCACAAAGUAAAGCUCAAGAACCAUAAAUCUGACAAAUAAAACAAUAGAGAUGAGCUAUAGUUGUAGUAUUGUUGCACAUAAACAAUUGGCAAUAUCCAAACAAGCAUUGAGCUUUUUAAAGUGUGCAUUAGAAAUGUAUUUGUGCUGCAGCACUGCAUACAAUGCAGUGACAUUACAAUUGUAUUUUACAGUAUAAAAAAUGUGGUAUGGCAUAACUUGCAAAUAGCAAAACACUAAAUACCUGCCAUCAGGGUUUAAUGUGUGAUGGCAGUUUCUAUAAAGCUACAGUAAAAAAAAUAAUGCCCCCCCAAAAAACAAAACAAAACAAAACAAAACAAAAAGCCCUAUGCUGGGAAUUAAACUAUCAUAGAAGUAGCACACUGCAGUUACCUAUGUAUUCAGAGCUGAAUCCUGCCUGAUACUCACACAUGCAGUGUCCUUGACUUUGAAGCACUACAUAUAUGACUAAGGCAAUCACGCAGGGCCUCUAUAGUCCAUAUUUAGUAUUAGCAUUGUUUUUCCAUAGUGCAAGCUGCUCUUUGGUAGAGGUUUACAAAAGAUCACAGUGGACUCAUUAAAACAGAAGUUACGUGGUUAUAUUUUGUUUUUCUUGCUUUGUGCUAAUAAAAAUUUAAAAGUCACCUUGUGCAUCUCACUGCACCAAAUCACACUUAACUAGUUGUUUACUCUCCUUCGUUGUUUAAUUAUGGCUUAUUGCACAAUUUCACAGCUUUUAGCAUGCAGACAAUCAACUUUCAAUAAAGAACACAAAUUAUGGUUAAUCACA